UUUCGAGUUCGAUCCGCGAACGGUGAAUGAGUGUGAAAGAAGAAGAAUGGCUAUGGCAAUGCUGAAUUGGAUACCGGACGCUGCGAGGAAUUUGGCCCACGAGCACGCGCAGGUGAUACCCAUUUCGCUCUUCGUGGCGGUUCUCUGCCUCUGCUUGCUCAUCGGUCACUUGCUCGAAGAUAACCGUUGGGUUAAUGAAUCCAUCGUCGCCAUUCUAGUUGGAUGUAUUGCUGGAAUGAUUCUCUUGUUCAUCACCAAGGGGACGAGUUCUCGCAUCCUUACAUUCAACGAAGAGCUUUUCUUCAUAUAUCUUCUGCCACCCAUAAUAUUCAAUGCUGGAUUUCAGGUCAAGAAGAAACAGUUCUUCCACAACUUCUUAACUAUCAUGCUAUUUGGGGUGAUCGGUGUUUUUAUAUCAGCAUCUAUUAUUGUAACUGGCAGUUGGUGGCUAUUUCCCAAGUUAAACUUUAAUGGUCUGACAGUGCAAGAUUAUCUUGCUAUAGGAACGAUUUUCUCUUCAACAGAUACAGUUUGUACCUUGCAGGUUCUCCAUCAAGAUGAAACUCCUCUAUUAUACAGCCUAGUCUUUGGGGAAGGAGUGGUAAAUGAUGCGACAUCAGUUGUUCUCUUCAAUGCGGUGCAGAAGCUUGAUGCUUCGAAAGUUCAUGGCAGCGCACUCCAUGUCAUUGGAGAUUUCUUCUACCUGUUCUCCACAAGCACUGCUCUAGGAUUCAUUUCUGGACUUAUCACAGCAUACAUCCUGAAAGCCUUCUGCUUUGGAAGACAUUCAAGUGUUCGUGAAAUUGCAUUGAUGGUUUUAAUGGCAUACCUAUCCUACAUGUUGGCAGAGCUCCUAGAACUCAGUGGAAUCCUCACUGUUUUCUUCUGCGGAAUAUUAAUGUCACACUAUGCAUGGCAUAAUGUGACUGAAACUUCAAGAGUCACAACCAGGCAUGUCUUCGCGACAAUGUCAUUUAUUGCGGAAACCUUUAUAUUUCUUUAUGUGGGCAUGGAUGCUCUGGACAUGGAGAAGUGGAGGAUUACGAAAUUAAGUUUUGGGAGGUUGAUGGGAAUUUACAGUUGCUUAAUCUUCCUGAUAUUGCUUGGGCGGGCUGCUUUUGUUUUCCCUCUCUCUGCUUUUGCCAACUGUAUGAAUAGGCGUGCUCAUAGAGACUCAAGAAUCACAUUUAGGCAUCAGAUAAUCAUUUGGUGGGCUGGACUUAUGAGGGGGGCAGUCUCGAUUGCUCUGGCUUUCAAACAAUUCACAUAUUCUGGUGUUACGUCUGAUCCUGUUGAUGCAACAAUGAUCACCAACACCAUCAUUGUUGUUCUUUUCAGCACGCUGGUGUUUGGGUUUCUCACGAAACCACUUAUCCGUUAUCUUCUUCCCCAUAGCACGACGAGGAAGAACAUCAUCCAUCAGGAAUCUGGUCCUCCUGUUGAGGACCUGAAUCUGCCGUUGCUAUCCUUUGAGGAGUCAGCAGAAACCAACUUCAGUCGUGCAAAGGAAAAUCUGUCCAUGCUAAUGGAAAGUCCUGUCUACACCAUACACCAUUAUUGGAGGAGGUUUGAUGAUGCCUACAUGAGACCUAUAUUUGGAGGCCCUCUUGCUUAGUUAGUCACUAUGCUAGCAAAAUGAGGUAGGAACACUAAUGAUGAUCUAUUUGAGUUCAGUUUUGAAGAUUAGCAGUUGCCAGUAGGGCUUUUUUCAGUGCCACUAUUUUUUAUACUCAGGAGGAAUGCACAUAAAGAGUCAAGGACCAAGUUUACUUUUGAAUAUUUACAUGAAUUGGGAUAACUCCUGUCAAGCAUUAGAGAAGUGCAUGUUUGGAUAAUAAUUUAAGUGUUCACUUUAUAUGUUGUGCAGAUUUUGGACGAGUAGGCUGUAUUGGAAUGAAUUGUAUAUAAACAUCUUUUAUUUUGAAUUCUCAUUUUUACUUUCCAGUAGAGAGCAAAUGAAAAACUGAGUAAAUCACACUUUACUCGCAAGAUGUGACAGUUUUUCCCCAAUAUCCGUUAUCUAUCACAUGUUAACCCAAUUUAGUGAAUGACUGAAACCCUUUUGCUGUAAUUUAUUAUUCGCCGCUGUAUGCUCAUUGAACCUCUAUUUCAAUGAACUCGUUGAAUUGAAGUUUUUGCGGGCGAUCUUGCCCACGGUUA